GCGCAUCACAUGUGCAUAGAGAUAACGAUGAUCUCAGUACAAGAAUCGUACACUGCAUGGUAUAUAUCAGUAGGUUUUGGACGGGAGCUAGGCUGGAGAGUCUCUUACUUUAUCUUCAACUACCUUCGAUUCGGACCUUUGUUGUCGUUUGUAUUUGUACUACUCUAACUGAUAGUCUGCCGAUAUAUUCGAUAUUUCAAAUCACAGUCACACAAAUCACAAGAGAAUGGGAUCUAUGGAGGAGCCACAAGGCUGGAGGCGCCUUAACAUCGGCAUCAUCGGUGGUGGAAUCGGUGGCUUGUCCGCUGCCAUUGCCCUCCGUCGCGCUGGCCACGAAGUCACAAUCUACGAGAAACACGACUUUGCCGGAGAAGUUGGAGCAUCUGUUUCAUGCGCAGCAAACGGAACUCGAUGGUUGCAUGAGUGGGGGGUCGACGUCGCAAAGGGCGAUCCAGUGGUGCUCAAAAGUCUCAUCAACCGUGAAUGGGCUACAGGAAAACCCGUAUCCACGUUCAGCCUUGAGGAUUAUGAGGAGAAGUGGGGAUAUGCUUACAACAUGUUUCACCGUCAGUAUAUGCACAAGAUGUUGAUGGAUUGUGCGUUGCAAAAGGAGGGAGAAGGCACACCGGCGAAAUUGCUCGUCAACCAUGCUUGCCAGGACAUCGACCUCGUGACAAACACCAUUACCUUCAAGAAUGGCACCAAAUCCAACCACGAACUCAUAAUCGGCGCUGACGGUAUCGGCUCCGCCGUCCGUGGCAUAAUCGGUGUCCAUCCUGCAAAACGCCCCGCAGACUCCAGCUGUCUGCACGCCAACGUGCACACGGAGCAAGCCAUCAAGCUCGGGCUGGUCGACUACUCGCAAGACAGCGCCUUGGAGUACUGGGGCGGCCAAGAAGGGAAAUGGGACAAGAUUGUGCUAUCGCCUUGCAACGGCGGUAAAUUGCUAUCGUACUACUGCUUCUUCCCCCGCGAGAAAGGCGACUACACAAACCAAGCAUGGGGUGCAGAAGACCUCCCAGUCGAUGAUCUCCUGGCGCCAUAUCCCGAACUAGAUGCCAGAGUCAAGGCACAUCUUGCCAUUGGGGUGGAAGUCAAACCGUGGAGACUCUGGGUUCACGAUCCCUAUCCUUACAUUCAAAAAGCCAACGUCUGUGUUAUCGGCGACGCAGCACAUCCCAUGAUGCCGCACCAAUCUCAAGGAGCCUGCAUGGCCCUCGAGGACGCCGCAGCCCUCGGCAUAAUCUUCAACCCGCACCACUUCUCCGGCUCCGUGCAAGAAGCGCUAUCAGUGUACGAGCAAGUCCGCCUACCCCGGGCGACGCGCGUGCAAGCCGCCGCCGCAAAAGCCGCCUACAACAUCAACGAGAGAAUAGGCUUCAGUGCCAACGUGGAUAACUGCACGACGUACAAGGUCGAGGACGAGAGGCAGAAGCUGACUAUUGAGGAAAUGAACGCAUAUGAUGUGUACAAGGAUGUUGGGGAGAAGCUUGCACAGGCACAGGGGAAGAGGUAUAUGGAGCCGUUUGUUUGUGGGCUGCCGGUUGGGCUUACCAUGCCUAAUGGUGUUACGGUUGGGGCGCCUUGAAAGGUUGAUUCGUGGGCUGGAGUGUGGGGAGUAAGCAUUUUCAGGAGUUGUGGGGGUUGGUUCUUUUGAGGCGUGUUGGUUGGGGUUUAUGGAGUGAGUGGGCAUGAAGAUAUGGAGGGGACUCGGAUUACUAUGCAAGACCUUGGAUGAGGAAAUCUGAUCGUUUGUUGUAGCUUACCGCACGUUUCAUGUUCUCGAUAGGUAAACCGAGAUAUGCAUAAGCUGGAGCUUAGCACGACCUACCUGCUCACCAUAGAAAGCACCCUAUAUCCUACAUUUGAAAACACUGCGGGU